AUGUUCCUUGAUGCACCUUGUGGUUUGAAUGAAUAUGAAUCCAAUUCUCUUCAAGACCGCCUACAGGAGGCAUCGCUUCUGAACCGCGAUAUUCAAACCUUUCAUGACAAGACUAUCAAUGCGUUAAUGCUGCCGCUUUCUGAGUCUAUCACAUCAUGGCUGAACAAUCUCCGCUCGGUCGCUGAAAUAGGCACCCCCUCGGCACAAACAACAACAAAUACAUCAUCAUCAUCUUCUAACAUCCCAACAAUAGCUUCAGCAAACCAGUCCCGACCACGAAUCAAAUCACGUCUAUCUAUCGGCGCGAAAAGAAUUCAACCACCCCGUCUAUCCAUCCAAGUCGACGAGCGAAUUAUGAAAUUGCGCCAGAUGCAGGUCUCAGAUUUACCAGCCUCUAGAAACAAAGUAGCCAUUACAGCAGCAAAUCUUCUAUCCUCCCGUGGCGAGGCAAUGGAGCGCAUGAUUGUGCUUCUAGAGAGGACGAAGUACGGCUCSUUAGCUAGAGGUACAAAAGCGCAAGCUGAUUAUUUGGCGAGCGUGGCGGAGUGUAUGAGCUACAAGGUCCAGGUCACGAAAUUCGAAACACUAUCAACCAUAUACACGCCUGAAAAUGUGGCCGCGCUGAAGAAGUACAGUGCACAUUUGCGAGAGACACUGGGUCGAUUGGAGGAAACUCAAAUGAUUGCGAAUCAGACACUGGAAGAAUACGACCAAGUCGGCACUUCUCAAAGCAAUAGAAGUGGUAAGACAGGGCCCAUGGCGGAUAUUGCGCGACGGUACGGAGACUUGGUGCAGGAAGUGGACGCUGUUCAGAGGGAGAUUAAGAAGUUGAGAAUAUAG